AUGCCGAAGUGUCGUGCGUGUGGCAAAUAUACGGCGAAUGCUGACUGUGUGCGUUGCACCAAGUGUACAAAUGUUUACCACCGCGGCUGCAGCGGCCUGCCUACUGGUCCUAUCCCUCUAGGGUUCGCUUGUCAUAGCUGCAAGGCCAAGAACGACGUCUCGUCAGAAAGCUCGAGCCCCGGUGAUGAAAUAAUGGCCCCCGGAAAAGGCGAGGCCGAAUGUACCCGAAUGCUCGGCGAGCUCAUCCGGGAGGUCCAGGGACUUCGUAGCGACCUCAAAGAAACACGAGAUGAGAUAAAACAGUUUAAGGCUGAUCUGCAAGCUUGCUGUAGACGCAUAACUUCGGUCAAAGAAAAGGUUCUAGAAGUAGAAAAAAAAAUUGCCUCAAAAACUAUCAAUAACGUUGAUCACCUCGAGAAUACGAUAGCGGACCUGAGGAUACAGUUGAAUGAUCGUGAUCAAGAUCUGCUGCUGAAUGAUGUUGAAAUAGCAGGGCUACCUGAGGAGAGAAACGAGAACGUCCUCCAUCUCGUCAGCAUUGUAGCUGUGAAGCUGGGGCUGACCCUAGAGGAUCGCGACAUUGUGCACGCGGAGCGGCAGGGCGCCGUGAGACGCAACCGCGGCGACGGUGAAGGCGCGCCGCAGCAACCGCGACCGCUGGUCGUGCGGCUGGCGCGCAGGGCUCAACGCGACGCCUUGCUCCGCGCCGCGCGCGUCCGUCGCGGCCUGACCACGGCCGAUAUGAACAUUGCUGGGACGCCGAGGAAAUUCUACGUCAACGAGCGACUCACGCGGAAUAAUCGACAGCUGUUCGGUAAGACGCGCGAAGCGGCUUCCCGCUUGCAAUGGAAGUACGUGUGGACAAAAGGUGGCCGAAUAUUCACAAGGAAGGAAGAAGGUAAGGCUAUUGAACGAAUCAGUAGUGAAGAAGACAUCAAAGUCUGUCGCGAAACGCCUAACGAUACGCUCGUGCGUAACUACCCUAAGUCAAACGUAGAAAAGAUAAUAUUCCAAUAA